AUGGAGUUAAAUAAUAAAGGGCAUGAAAAAUAUAUACAGUCUUAUGGUUUCUAUAAAAAUCGGCCACGGAUUAACUUUGUGAGGCCUCAAGAAGAGCAAACAGAAAGCCGGGAAAAAAUCGAAGAAAAAGGCUCUGUUUCAUCUUUUUAUUACUCUCUAUUUUCGGAAGAUGUGAAAAAUUUGGAUAAAAGUGCUGCCAAUAACGCACGCGGGUCAGUGUGCCCUGCAUGUCAAAUAUUCAUUGAAGCUGAGAAUCAAAUUACGCACGCGAAAUCAGUAAGGCAUUUAUUAUCGGUAAAUCAUAUAGAUAAUAAAUACCAACCUGGUCUCGUGAAACCAGGCAGCCUUGGUUAUCGAGUUUUAUCCCAGUUUGGAUGGUCUCCGAAAGGCCAUGUUUCUGGGCUAGGUGCUGAACAUCAAGGACGUCGAGCUCCUGUCCGUCAUACAAGAGUUAAAAAUGAUAAUUUGGGGAUUGGAGUUCAAUUACGCCCCAACCGACCGAAACCCGUUUCUCGAAAAGGUAAGCGGCAUUCUCAAAUUCAACAUAAACGCGAUGUUCGUUUGAAGCAAGCCUUAUUAAAACAUUUUUCUUCAAAUAAUUAG